GGAACUGGGGCGCGAGGCGGCCAGCCCGAGACCGGAAGCGGAAGCGUGGGGCGGUGCGGUGGAAGGAGCCUCGGGUGGCUAGCUGCGUGGGGUGCGCGGUCUUCUCCGCGCGGGACCGGCUUCACGUGAAAAGAAAAGCAUCUCUUGAGCUCAAGUUGGUGUUAAAACCAGCUUCAGGGUCCACCAGCCUCACUGAUCCGUGGAUUUCUGUGACCAGAGCCUGGCCUGCGUGCGCUGUAGGCACGAGGGGAGGAGCAUCCGGGUUCUCUGUCUGAGUCACAGGAUGGCAGCCAUGGUUCUGUCCCCCACUUGCGCUCAGUCUUCCCUGUACUCAGUCUCUCCUCAAAAAGGAUGCGCAGAGGAGGAAGGGUUGGUUCAUGGCUUCCUGACAAGCUGGUUACCGGACUUGGUGACCUUCGAGGAUGUGGCUGUGGAGUUCACACGGGAGGAGUGGGCACUGCUGGACCCUUCUCAAAGAACACUGUACAGAGACGUGAUGCGGGAGAACUGCAGGAACCUGGCAUCGCUGGGGUAUCAUAUUGAUAAAUCCAGUCUGAUCUCCCAUUUGGAGCAAGAAGACAAGGUGACGACAGAGGAGCGAGGAAUUCUUCCAGGCACCUGUCCAGAUUUGGAGACUGUACUUAAAGCCAAAUGGUUAACUCCUAAGAAGCAUGAUUUUAGAAAAGAACAUUCCAAUGGUAUAAAAGCGGAAAGAAAUCAUCUUGGAGUGAAACUCAACGAAUGUAAUCAGUGCUUUAAAGUCUUCAGCACAAAAUCUAACCUCACUCAGCACAAGAGAAUUCAUACUGGAGAAAAACCCUAUGACUGUAAUCAGUGUGGCAAAUCCUUUAGCAGUAGAUCUUACCUUACUAUUCAUAAGAGAAUACAUAAUGGGGAGAAACCCUAUGAAUGCAAUGACUGUGGGAAAGCCUUCAAUGAUCCCUCAUCCCUUAGACUACACGUGAGAAUUCACACUGGAGAAAAACCCUAUGAAUGUAAUCAGUGUUUUCAUGUUUUUCGCACUAGUUGUAAUCUCAAAAGCCACAAGAGAAUUCAUACGAGAGAGAAUCACCAUGAAUGUAAUCAGUGUGGCAAGGCCUUCAGCACGAGGUCCUCCCUUACUGGGCACAAUAGUAUUCAUACAGGAGAGAAACCUUAUGAGUGCCACGAUUGUGGGAAAGCCUUUAGGAAGAGCUCAUACCUGACACAGCAUAUGAGAACUCAUACUGGGGAAAAACCGUAUGAGUGUAAUCAGUGUGGAAAAUCCUUCAGCAGUAGUUUUUCUCUUACUGUGCACAAGAGAAUUCAUACUGGAGAGAAACCCUAUGAAUGCAGUAACUGUGGGAAAGCAUUUAAUAAUCUUUCAGCUGUUAAGAAACACGUGAGAACUCACACUGGAGAAAAACCCUACGAAUGUAAUCAUUGUGGAAAAUCUUUCACCACUAACUCUUACCUUUCUGUGCACAAGAGAAUACAUAAUAGGUGGAUAUGAAUACAAUAACUAGGAAAGCAGUCAUUGAUUUCUUAAUUCUCAGACAACUGAUGGUAACUCACUAGAUGUAUGAGUUAUCUGUUGCUCCAUAACAGAUUUCCCUCCAAACCGUAGUGGCUUCAGACAACAUACAUUAAUUAUCUCACAGUUUCUGUAGGUCAGGAAUUUGGAAACGGCUUAGCUGUGUAGUUCUGGCUCAGGAUCUGUCAUGAAGUGAGGUCAAGAUGUCAGCUGGAGCAACACUCAUCUGAGUCUUUACUGCUGAAGAAUCUACUUCCAAAAUGGAUCACUCACAUGUCUGGCAGGUUAAUGCCAGUUGUUGGCAGGGAACCUUCGUUACCUCACUCUCCACAGGGCUAAGUAUCUUUAUGAUGUAGCAGCAGGUUCCUCCCAAAGCAUUUGAUCUGUGGGAGAGCUAACGCACAAGCCACAUUUUCUUUUUCGACCUAGCCUCAGAAGGAUAUAUUAUCACUUCUUCCAGACUGUAUUGCUCACACAAUGUGGAAAGAAACUACACAGGGUAUGUAUAGUAGGAGACAGAUCGUAAGGAACCAUCUGAGAAGCUUGCCAUUCUCAUUCUUUCAAUCGAUUCUGUAUGAAGUAGCCUUCACUAACUCAUGUUAAUUCACUCUGGAGAGAAACCUCAAGCGUGCAAUCUUUGUGGUAAGCUUUCAAUUCAGACUCACCCUAACAUGCACAAAAGAUUACUUACGGGGAGAAACCUGAGGAUUGCAGUAGCUGUAGGAAAGCCUUCGUGAUAUUUCUAGGGAGUCACAUGACGGUUCACACUAAGGAGAAAACCUUAUGAAUAUCAUCAGAAUGCAAAAGCCUUCAGGGACACCCAUCCCUGAGAGCACACGUAAGAAAUCCCUACAGAGGAAUAUUUAUAGAAAGAAGGUGGAAAAUCCUUCAGCACAAGUGUUCGCAUUACUGAGCAAAAGAUGGGGAGAUAUUCUGAACAACACAAUUACUGUGGGAAAGCCUUGAAUGGUCUCUCAGUCUCUAAGAAGCAUGAGGAUUUAUCCCAGAGAGAAGGUCCUGUUGAAUGUCAUCGGUCCUGGAAAGUCAUUUUUCCACAUUCCUUAGGAAACUGAGAAUUCACUGCAGACACUUGUGAAUAUAAAGACUAGGGGAAUGCCUUGGAUAAUACCUCAUACAUUAGGAAAAAUACGAAGUUUUCUCUGGAUGCAAAACUUGUCAGUGUAUUAAUUUGGAAAAAUCUUGCAGUGAUUCUUUGUUGAUUUGUGAGAACUUACAUUGGAGGCAGACCCUAGAGAAGUAAUCAGUAUGAGGAUGCCUCAGCUCUUUACUGAGUGGCCACAAAAUAAACUAGAAACCGAAAGAAUAAAUAGUGAGUGUGGGAUUACCUUUAUCAAUGUCUCAUCCCAAGAUUGGGCCACUAGUUCGUUAGUUUUCGGUCUUUUUAUUUUAGUAUAAACACAUCUAUAUAACCGUACCCAAAAAUAAACCUUAAGUUAUGGCCCAUAGUUUUGUAUGUAAUAUGUUUGCUAUAAUUUACUCUUUUAAAAUAUCAGUACGUAGCAUAUCCAGGAAGGCAUUUCUGAAUAUCUCCUGAGUGAAUUUGUUUAUCGUAGUGGAAAUUAGAUUCUACUUACAAUAUACUUUUUCUAGUUUAAUGGCAUCUUUGUCAGGUAAGUGGAGUUUAUGAUGCUGAUUCUUUUUUAUCUUUCUACCCUAGUAUGGCAUUUUGUCAGCUUCUUUCCCAAUGUCCAUUCUCCCCUACUUAUAUACUUUUUUAAAAUGUUUUUGUUGUUGUUCAAGUUGUCAGUGAGUAGAAUUGAAAAUACUCAAUCUGCAAGCCUUCUUUGAAGCUCAGAGGGCUGUUGCCUUACUCUGCUGACCACGAGAAGUAGGUAGAAGUCCCCGGGGAGAAGAACAGCAUCUGGCUUGUUUGCCUCACCUGUAUCCUGUUUGUCUUACCCAUUCUUUCUCUUGAAAGUGGACUCAAAGCCAAGAGUUGGAAGCACUCUGUUUUGAUCAUGAUGACAGAAACCAUAGUGCAGCAAAAUAUCACAAUGAUAUGGGCUCCCCCAAAACUUCUGAUUGGUGGAAUCAGCUCUGGACUGCUUGUUCCCAGACUUGUCCUAUAUGAUUAAAAGUAACCUCUAACUGGUUGAAGCCAAAGUCAUUUUUUUUUUUUUUUGGUUUGUUUUUGAGGUGGCGUUCUGUUCAUGUCCAGCUGAAUGCAAUAUCUAACUAGUAAACCUAUUUGUUGGUCACAUUUUAUAAGUGUUUCAUGUUUCUUUGAAAAUAAUGUAUAUUCUCUAAGUCUUAGAUGUAGAGUAUAUGCCCAUUAACUCAAGCUAAUUGUGUUUUCAGAUAUAGUAUGUACAUUGAGAUUUUUGUCCUCAAGUUUAUUUAGUGGUAGAUAUGUAUUAAAGUCUUCUGCUAUGGCUCUGGAUAUGGAUUCACACUUUUUUUGUCAUUUCUGUCAUCUU